UGCGCAUGCGUAGAACAUACAAAAUUCAAAGGGCGCGCGAGAACUGAAGAAGAGAGAAAGAGAGCCAGUGAGAUUGGACGGGAGAAAUCUGUAAAAAGAGAGAGACAGAGAGCACCAAAAUGUCCGUGGACGAUUACACAAAGCUAGAAAAGAUAGGAGAGGGUACUUAUGGCGUCGUUUAUAAAGCCAGACACAAGGUGACUGGAAAGACGGUGGCUUUAAAGAAGAUAAGACUAGAGAACGAGGAGGAGGGGGUUCCCAGUACGGCCAUUAGGGAGAUCAGCAUUUUGAAAGAAGUCCAGCAUACAAACGUUGUCAAGCUGGAGGACAUUAUUCAUCAAGACUUAAAACUGUAUCUCGUAUUUGAAUUCAUGUGCAUGGACCUUAAGAAAUACCUCGACAGUCUACCAGCUGGAAAAUUCAUGGAACCAGACCUAGUAAAAAGUUACACUUAUCAGAUCCUAAAGGGUAUUGUAUUCUGUCACGGUCGAAGGAUCAUUCAUCGAGACUUGAAGCCACAGAAUCUUCUCAUUGAUAAUAAUGGCGGAAUUAAAAUUGCAGAUUUUGGUCUCGGACGAGCCUUUGGUAUUCCAGUGAGAGCCUACACCCACGAAGUUGUUACCUUGUGGUACAGAGCCCCCGAAGUCCUACUAGGUUGUCCUCGCUACUCUUGCCCUCUUGAUAUUUGGAGUAUUGGAUGUAUAUUUGCCGAAAUGUCAAACAAGAAACCUUUCUUUCAGGGCGACUCCGAAAUUGAUCAACUCUUCAGAAUAUUUAGAAUAUUGGGUACCCCGAGUGACGCUAUAUGGCCGUCCGUAACAACAAUGCCAAAUUUCAAAUCAACUUUUCCAAAGUGGACCGGGAAAUCUCUGAGUCAAUUGUGUCCUCAUCUUGAUUCGAUUGGCUGCGAUUUAUUAAUGCAAAUGGUCAUAUAUAAUCCUGGUAAAAGGAUAUCAGCUAAACGAGCCAUGGAACAUCCUUACUUCCAAGGGCUCAGGAAGUCAAUUUUACCUUUAUAGACUAGAACUAUUUAUUAUUAUUGCAUAGCGUAAGAAUAACAAGACAAUGUAUUCUUCUAAAUUAUUAUUGAUAUACUGUUAGUUCGUUCAGUCUUUGUCACCUCUCUCUCUCUCCCUCUCUGUCAUUUGCGAGUGAAUUUAAACAAUUUUAUGUUUUUGACUCUUCUUCUAUGCAUAUCCUCAUGAAUUCAUAACUUCCUUUGUCUGUUCUUUCUCUCCCUCUCUCUCUCUCUCUCUGCUAUUACUUCAUCUUAUUAUUAUUUAGAAUAAUUAUUUAUGAUUGAUUAUGAUAGCAUUAUAAAAAUGUGUUUAGAGAGAUUAUUAUCAUUAUGUGUGUGAUUUCUGAUUUAUA